GGGAAAAAUCCCGUUGCGAAAUCAAGCACGUAUGUUGUCAUUUUCGCAACGACCCGUUGUUAUAUUUUUCAACAACGGCUGUUGGUGAAUUGUGCACGAACGUGCUCAAAUUGACACCGAGACGUGGUCAACUUUCGGUACCAACAACAGCCGUGCUUAAUUUGUCCACCGAUGUGCUCAAAAUGACAACUUUGCGUUUUUAAUAUUGGUAAUUGCAGCCGAUUACACACGAGUAAAAAAUGACAACGGUGGUGCAUGAUUCACACACUGUCGUUGUCAAUAUGACACCGGUCGUGUAUGAAUUAUGCACCACCACCUGCAUAAUGAUGCACCACCGUUGUUACUUUGUACACCGACGUGCAUGAAUCGUACACGAUCGUUGCCAUUUUAGCAACUACCGUGUAUGAAUCAUGCACCACCGUUGUCAUUUUUUUUACUCGUGUGCAAUCGGCUGCAUAUUUACCAUUUUUUCCGUGUUAUUGAAAGAGAAAGGACGCAUUGUGCAAAAAAUUUAUUGAAAAUGAAUAAUAAUUCGCAAGAUCCUCAAAAUAUCAUUGGUGAGUUGUUAGAAAUCGAUGGCAAUAUUGUUGUGGUUCGCGAUACAAACCAUUGCAGCAGUCAAGAUGCGGAAAACAAUGAGGACGAUUAUAUGUUAAGGGAGUUCUUAAAAGGAAUAAAUAUGGAGUCGCUUUUUGAACAAUUAAAAGCAUCACAUGUAACAUUUCGCAGUUUGCAGUACUUGAAAAAAGAAGAUUUAAAGGAAGCAGUGCCACCAUUGGGACUGCGAGUUGAAUUCAGAGAAAAGCUCUUUGCUUGGAAAAAACGAAAGCUCGGGAUUGAUGACGAAACUAUGUCAGUUCCAUCUAAAAUAGGUGAAUGGUGGAAACGCAACGAGACACCUGCAAGUACUCCUGGUACUCCCGACACUACAGGUUCGAACUGCUCAAAAGCCAAAGGAAUUUUGUCAGAGGAUCUAACGGAAUUGUUAACACAUACCUCGAAGGGGAAACUGGCGCUUGAAUGUAGUAGCGUUAAUAAGAAAUUAAGUGACGAGCAAAGAGAUGAUAUGAAGGGUUCACAGCUAUACCGAACUAAGUCAUAAAAACAUAAUUCGAAGAUAUUUAGAGGUAAAGUAAAUGCACUGUCAUUAAUUUCUAGAAGGAAUAUUUCAGUCUACUAAAAGAAAAUGUAAAAGUCUAUAUUCAAAAUUAACUAAUGAUAUAAAUUUAAAAACAAAAAUAUAUAAAUAUAUUACUUAAAAAAUAUUUAAAAACAAAAAAAUCUACUUUGGUUCAUUAUUAUUCUGAAUAAAAUUUGAAUGUUUCAUAGCUAAAGCGAACCAAGUCAACAAAAUAUAAUAAAGUGUUCGCUAUAUGACUAAAUAUAGUUGAUGUUCCGCUUGUAAUAAGCAACUGAUGUCGAUAGCUUUGGAAAAGGCAAUGCUUUUUUAAGGUCGAAAGUACAGAUAUAGUGUUCAUCAGAUGGUACUUCUGUAUUCAGUGAGUCUCGAGCUAGCUGUGCUGCUUUUAAAUGAAGUUCCUGUUGCCAAAUUAAAUUUGUAGUUUCUUCUCCAUCGAAUUUUAUUCUUAUGUCAAGUCCAUCACAAAUUCGACAGGUAUCCUUAUUCGGAGACUUAAAAUGUAAAUAGAAUUUCGUGCUGAAUACUUUAUAAUAAAAAUACAUUUUAUUUUGCAUAAUCUGCAAGUUUCCAAAAUGACUUCUCUGUCAGAUUCAUUCACCUGGCUGUUACAUUUUAUUUUGCAUCCACAAUCAUAAUUAGGUAUAAACGUUUUUGCGGAAAUCGUAAGACCCUUCUGAUUUGUGUAUGCUUUUCCACUGUUGCAGCGAAGCUUACGCACAUUGUGCUUCCACUUUGCCGGGAUUAUUCAUCUUUUCAAAACGAUUAUACUUUUAAAAAUUAUAAAAAUAGCGAAUAUAGGGAGUUACCGUAAUAUGGGGUCUAUACGAAAACGCACAGGCAAGUUUUGUCAUAGUCCAUUACAAUAUUUAAAUGGGAAACUGGAAAACAUCCGUUAAAUAAUAUCGCAAAAACAUCAAAUUUCUGAAUACGAAAGUCACCAAAAUACCGAUCAUUUUCAAUACCAAACGCCCUGUAGACCAAACACACAUCUGAGUAAAAUUUUAUCAACCUACCUCAAUUGGCUCGGAAGCUAGAGUGAUUUCCACCGAUUGAUGGACAUCGCAAAACCGACAUUGAAUUUUAUGCUGAUCAAGAAUAUAUAUACUUUGUAGAGUCUAAAAUUUAUAUUUCGUGGUGUUACAAACGGAAUGACAAACUCAAUAUGCCCUCCAUACUAUACCCUCCACGUACUAUGGCUGAGGGUAUACAUACCUUUUAACUAGUUUUUAUACCCUACACCACAAGGGUAUUAUGUCUUUGUGCAUUUGUUUCUAACAGGUAAAAGGAAACGAAAUAGACCCAUAGUUCCUUUUGAUGAUCUGCAUAGAAUCACAUUCUGAGUCGAUUUAUGCAUGUGCGUCCGUCCGUCUGUCCAUGUAUUUUUGUAAACAAAGUACAGUUCGCAUUUAUUGCCCUAUCCAGAUGAAAUUUUGCACAAAUCAUUUGUUUGGCCCAAGGACGAACCCUAUUGAAAUCGGUCAACAUUUAGAUAUUGCUGCCAUAUAUUUCUUCGUCCGAUUUGCCUUUUAUUGUGCACCAAACGUGUAAUAUCAGCCCGAAUAGUAUGGAAUUUUGCACGUACGAUUAGAUUGGACCUGAAAAUAAGUAUGCCAAAUUUGAUCGAAAUCGGUUCAGAUAUAGCUAUAGCUCCCAUAUAUAUUGUUCAUCCGAUUUGUUAUUUUUGUUCUCCGCAGACGUAAUAUGCACUCUGUAACAACAAUGUUUGGGGAAAUAUAUCAAAUACAGCUCAGAAAUACAUUUGCUAAAUUUUAUCGACAUCGGUUCAGAUUUGGAUAUAGGUCCCAUAUAUAACUUCGUCCGAUUUAUCUUUUAUUUUGCACCAAACGUCAAAUAUUUCUCCAAAUUGGAUGAAAUUUCGCACUUACGACCGAAUUAAGUCUAAAAGCUGGUGUGUCAAAUUUGGUGAAGAUCGGUUAGAUAUUGCUAUAGCUCCCAUAUAUAUUUUUAAUCCGGUUUGUUAUUUUUGUCCUCCGCAGCCGUAAUAUGCACUCUGUAACAACAAUAUUUGGGGAAAUAUAUCAAAUACAGCUCAGAAAUAUAUUAUUAUAUAUGGAUAUAGCUCCCAUAUACUUUUAUCCGAUUUCAAAUUAAUUGUGCAAAUGGGCAAUACAAGUCCGAAUUUAAAAGAUGCAAAUGCUUCGGAAUAUUUAGUCCUUUGAACCUUAAAUU